CUUUCACACUGAUCACACCGUCCAGCAGAAGACCAGAAGGAAAAUGAGCAAAAACCAGACAACGGGUGGCGAUGACCUAAAGGACCUGGAGUGUCUCUUCACGUGGGACGUGGACAAAGAUGACAUCAACGACCUGAAGGGCGUCCCGGAGAAGCUGGAGGACCGCGUCAAGUACUGUCCUAGCCGCUACCACGCCACGUACUUCAACAUCCUGGCAUUUGUCAGCCACCUGCAGGGCAAGGACAAAGCUGCCAUUGCGAACCUGAAGAAGUCUCUGGUCGUGCUGGAGGAGGAGCAGAGGGAUGAGGUGGACUUCCUGGUCACCUACUCCAGCUUCGCAUGGCUGCACCAUCACCACGGCAACCUGGAAUCCAUGGAGACUUACCUGGGGAAAAUCAGAAGUAUACAGGCUCCUACAGAGGUCAUCGUGGAGGAGGAGAAAGGCUGGAGCCUCCUGAGACUGGGCGGCAAGUUCUAUCCGAGGUCGAGGGAGAGCUUCGAGAAGGUUUUAAAAGCCAAGCCCGACAGUCUGUCCUGCAAUGUGGGCUACGCGGUGGUUCUUUACCGUCAGGAGGAGAUUGUAAGGACGGGUGACCCCAUCAAGCCAGAGGACAGCGCUGCCGCCCAGCAACUCAAGAAAGCUUUGGAACUCGACCCCACCGAUGCUGAGGUGAUGGUCCUCUUAGCUCUCAAGCUGCAGCGCUUCCAACCUGGUAAAUCCAGAGAGCUCAUACGCAAGGCUGUCAUCCAGUCUGCAGACAUUCCCCAAGUUACCAGGUAUGCCGCCACGUACUUCAGGAGAGACGGAUCCACCAAAGAGUCCCUGGAGAUCCUGGAGGAGGCCUCCCAGAGAGCUCCCAACUCCAGCUUCCUCUACCACCAGAUGGGCCUGUGCCACUGGCAGAACAUGAUCAACAUGAAGAAACUCGGCGGCCAGAGGGCCGGCCAUGCGCAGGUCAACGCAGCCGUUGCCGAAAGCGUGCGCCUCUUCCGCAAGACUGUGGAGCUGAAGCCGUCAAACACCUACGCCUGGGUGCACCUGGCCGAGGCCUACUCGGAGAGCCAACAGCUGAGGCAGGCGGAGCCUAUUUUCACCAGGCUGCUGUCGGACAACGGCCUGUCCGACGCCGAGCGGCAACACUGCCACUCCAAGUACGGUCUGUUCCUGAUGUUCAAGAAGAAGGAUGACGACAAGGCCAUCGAGCAGCUGAAGAAGGCGUAUGCGAUCAGGAUCGAAAGCAAAGACAGAACCCAGGCGCGAGACAAACUUCAGAAGCUAGCGAGCCGUAGAUCCAGAUGGAGGAACCGCGAGGAAGACAUCUUGGAUUUCAUCUCCUCAGUAGACAGGCGGGAUAGGCCGCCCAUCAGCUCUGCAGCAGAUGUAAACAUCAACAGGCUGGCUGACAGUUUUAAAACAGGCUUGAUUGUAAAACAGGCUUGAUAGUUAUUUCUUAGAGAUAUUUCUAAGCCUCUUAGCCCAUAGGCCUAUUAGUUUACUUUACCUCUCAAAAACUGCUGACUGGUUUAGGGAUGAUCAACUACUUUUCAUAUAGGCUGCUGCAAUAAACAGCAUUGUUACAAGGAACUGUAUUAGAUUCUGAACCUGAAUGUAUUUCACUUUUAUGAUCAUUAGAAUUAGGCUAAAAUACAGAGCAAACAAAGCUGUUACACGUUGAUAACAAUGAAACAUCUAGGCUUAUAUCCAGGGCCUAUCAUAAAGGUAGAGUGUGUUCAUUUCAUCCUGCAUUAAAA